AUAGGGAUACACACGGUCACUGUAGCAGCAGACAACUAGUAGAUGUAAUUGUCUAUAGGAAAUGCCAACACAUUUACAGUCUAGUUUGAUGUGUUUCCUAAUAUCCUUUCAGGUGGUAUUACUAUCAUCCAGUGAUCCACAUAACAUGAGGAUGAACCCUGCUAUUCUCCACUCAGGUGGAGAGAGAAAGAUGAUUAAACGAUAAGAUCCUGCGUUUUUGGUAAUGUAGGAAAACCAUGUCAAAUGAACGUUCAGAAGAAUAACCAAAGGCACAAUGGCAACCACUAAACAGACUGCUGUGAACUAUGUCACAGAUCGCAGACUGGACCUUAUCAGAUUGCUCAAGGAUCUGACACUUAUUGUUGACAACCUUCAGCAGCAGAGAGUUUUCCUCAAUGAGGAAGUGGAAGUUAUUAAUAGUAAGGAGACAAGAAGUGACAAAGCCAGAGAAAUACUGGACAGAGUCGUUAAAAAGGGAGAAGCUGCAUGUUACAAGUUACUGGAGAUUCUGUACAUUACGAGACAGAGAACAUUACUGGAGCCUUCCUCUGAUUCAAAGGACAGAUGGCAGCAUGACCUGUACCACUGGAUCAGCUGCUUCCCAUUCAAGGAAGACCAAGAGGUGGACACUGACAUCCUUGAAGGCUCAAUAGCCUGUCACAGAUAUCAGACACAGCUGAAAUGUAAAGCACGGAAGAUCACAGAGGGUGCAUGGAAACAAAGCUGUAGUCUCCUACCAGAGAGAUGUAGAACUGAGGGGACUUUCUCUUAUACCCCUGUUGUGUUAGAUACAGACGUGCAUUCAUCUCUCUCUAAAAUUAAAGUGAAGAGCAAAAGAUGCAAGAAAGCUCGGCCUAAAAAACUAAAGAGCUUCAUCCCCAUGGCCAAACAUGAAACAUCCCCUGCUGAGCUGCUUAAAACACAUGAGAAAAAAAUCCUCCUUUUUGGAAAGCCUGGAAUUGGAAAAACAACAGUCGCCCAUCAAAUGUUGAACCUCUGGGCAGAGAAAGAUCACAGAGAACUAGAUUACAUGUUUUAUUUUAAUGUGAGAGACAUUUCACACAGAAAACCCAUGAGCCUGGAGGACCUUCUCUUUAACAUGUACAGUGAGCCAAAAGACAGUAAAGAAGAAGUGUUACAGGAUAUUAAGAAGAACUCUGAAAACGUUGUCAUCAUAUUUGAUGGAAUCACAGACCUCUCCUCUCUGUCGGUAGUAAAGGACCUUGUGGAGAACCUCCUGCCUGACGCAAAGAUUGUGACCACAUGCAGACCAGAUCAAUCUGAAGACUUCCUGACAGACUGGCCCACAGACUGGUUCAGAGUGGAGGUGAAAGGGUUCAGUGAAGAAUCUAUCAGGGCUUAUUUAACACAGAUGCUGAGUGCUGAGACUGACUCCUUGAGCAGUGUGUUAAACAACCUAGAGUUGUUCAGUCUGUGCCAUGUCCCAAUGUACGUACUGAUGGUAGUUGCCUGCAUUUAUUUCCCUACAUCAGAGGCUUCUGAACAGACAUGCACUAUAACUGAAAUGUACAGCAACAUCCUCCGUCACGGCAUCCAAAAACACAGUGGCAGACGACGUAAGGAUAUCGACAGUUGUCUCAAAGAAAACAGAGAGAAAAUAUUGUCUCUGGCAGAAAUUGCUUUUGAUGCAACAAAUGAGAAAAACAUGAACUUGACACUGAGGUGUGAAGAAAGCAGUGUCCAUUUUGCCUUCUUGGGGGCAUUUAUGGUUAACAUUUCACCCACAGCAUCAGACACUUGCGCUGCGUUUCUCCAUUACACAAUGCAGGAGUUCUUUGGUGCCCUUUGGCUCUUACAGAAUCCAGACAAAAUCAGAGAGGUUCUAGAGAAGUGCCAGACUGAAGAAUGGAAACACACAAAACACUUGAUUCCUUUCCUGUUUGGGCUUCUGAAUGAGAAGAAUAUUAGACUGGUUAACAGUCUAGUUCCAGCUCAACAGAUCAAGAAGACGUCAGAUUGGUUCUUCAAGGAAGUGGUGAACACAUUUCUUCCAUCUCAAACAAACCAAGAUCAUGCAGAAGGUGGUGAUCCUGAGUUUGAGAUAGAUCUUCUGUUUUUGUGUCAGUGCUUGUAUGAAUAUCAGUCUACUGAGGCCUGUCAGCUUUUCCUGGACAAACUCAACUACCAUCUAGACCUGAGUGGAGAACAUCUUGAUCCUCACCAGUGCUGUGCAGUCUCUUAUGUGACCAGUCAGUCUGCAGAGAGAAAGGUUGGAUUGGACCUGAACGGCUGCACUGUGUCAGACCAAGGAGUAAGGCUGAUACUGGGCUCUCUGAAGAAUGUCAGACAUCUUGGACCAUCCUCUGAUGAUUCAUCUGACCCCUCAAUGUUGUGUCAACUCUGGACAACUUUGCUGAGCAGUGAGGCAGAGAUGGACUUCACCAGCUUACUUAGUCUCUGUGGAAAUGAGUUGCACCUUCCAGUCCAGGGUGAAAGACAAGUGUUUGAGAGAGCAGAAGAAGUGAUGACACAGAGUCUAGAGAGGGUUAAUGUCUGUCUACACUGGGAUCAGAGAACUGUUCUCAGUGAAGCUCUCAGCAAAACCAUUUUAAAGUGUUUACCAAAUAUCAACAAACUCAGGUUUACUCCUCUACAACAUCAGAGAGGAUCCCCUGAAAGACUGGAGACAGAAGAGAAAGCAGUCCUACUAGAUUUGUGUCUACAAGCAGCACUAGAUCACAGAGAAACAUUCCAGAGAACUGUGAACACACUGCUGUCACUGUUCUCUGUGUAUCAAACUGAGAGAUAUGACAUCCUGCUGGAUCUGUACUCUCAUGUGAAGUACAAUAGGAAUCAAACAGCCAGGAGUGUCCUUCCAUCAUUGCAGCCACUUUACCAGUCAGCUCCUGCAGUCUGGUCCAUAGACCUCUCAGAGAGAAAGACCUCCCUCCUCCUAGAAGUGCUGAAACUCCAACCAGGGAAGAAACCAGUAGAGCUGAAGGGCUGGUCAGAUGAAGAGAGUGAAGUGAGGAGUUUCCUUCAGUGUCUGUCCUACAUCUCACAGCUGAGAUUUUCUCCACUGAAGGAUAACAUAAAUAGGAGAAAGAGAGACAAGACAUGCCUACUGAAUCUGUGUCUUCAAGCAGCUCUCCAUGAGAGAGGAACCAUACAAACAACUGUAGAGAAAGUGGUGUCGCUGUCUAAAGUAUAUCACAACCAGAAAUGUGAUUUCCUGCUGGAUCUGUACUCACAUGUGAAGGACUAUGAGACUCAAACAGGCAGGAGUGUCCUUCCAGCAUUACAGACAGUUUACCAGUCAGCUCCUGCAGUCUGGUCCAUAGACCUCUCAAAGAGAAAGGCCUCCCUCCUCCUAGAAGUGCUGAAACUCCAACCAGAGAAGAAACCAGUAGAGCUGAAUGGCUGGUCAGAUGAAGAGAGUGAAGUGAGGAGUUUCCUUCAGUGUCUGUCCUACAUCUCACAGCUGAGUUUCUAUACAGACUGGUCUGAUCCCUCAAAGCAGAUCAAGUUCCUGGUGGAUCUCCUGUCUCAAGCAGCAGAGUGGGAGGAGCAGACAGGAGAGAAGACACUGAAGCUGGUAUCAUCAGUGUGGACUUACAGCACCUUUCCCUUCUGUGAAUGGGAUCAUGAUGUUGAGGAAUAUCAAUGUGAUUUCCUGCUGGAUCUGUACUCACAUGUGAAGGACUAUGAGACUCAAACAGGCAGGAGUUUCCUACCAGCAUUACAGCCAGUUUACCAGUCCGCUCCUGCAGUCUGGUCCAUAGACCUCUCAGAGAGAAAGGCCUCCCUCCUCCUAGAAGUGCUGAAACUCCAACCAGAGAAGAAACCAGUAGAGCUGAAGGGCUGGUCAGAUGAAGAGAGUGAAGUGAGGAGUUUCCUUCAGUGUCUGUCCUACAUCUCACAGCUGAGUUUCUAUCCAUGGAGGUCUGAUUCCUCAAAGCAGAUCAAGUUCCUGGUGGAUCUCCUGUCUCAAGCAGCAGAGUGGGAGGAGCAGACAGGAGAGAAGACACUGAAGCUGGUAUCAUCAGUGUGGACUUACAGCACCUUUCCCUUCUGUGAUGAUGAUGAUGGUGACGAUAAUAAGGAAUAUCAAUGUGAUUUCCUGCUGGAUCUGUACUCACAUGUGAAGGACUCUGAGACUCAAACAGGCAGGAGUUUCCUACCAGCAUUACAGCCAGUUUACCAGUCAGCUCCUGCAGUCUGGUCCAUAGACCUCAGAAAGAGAAAGGCCUCCCUCCUCCUAGAAGUGCUGAAACUCCAACCAGACAAAAAACCAGUAGAGCUGAAGGACUGGUCAGAUGAAGAGAGUGAAGUGAGGAGUUUCCUUCAGUGUCUGUCCUACAUCUCACAGCUGAGUUUCUAUCCAUGGAGGUCUGAUUCCUCAAAGCAGAUCAAGUUCCUGGUGGAUCUCCUGUCUCAAGCAGCAGAGUGGGAGGAGCAGACAGGAGAGAAGACACUGAAGCUGGUAUCAUCAGUGUGGACUUACAGCACCUUUCCCUUCUGUGAUGAUGAUGAUGAUGAUGAUGGUGACGAUAAUAAGGAAUAUCAAUGUGAUUUCCUGCUGGAUCUGUACUCACAUGUGAAGGACUCUGAGACUCAAACAGGCAGGAGUUUCCUACCAGCAUUACAGCCAGUUUACCAGUCAGCUCCUGCAGUCUGGUCCAUAGACCUCUCAGAGAGAAAGGCCUCCCUCCUCCUAGAAGUGCUGAAACUCCAACCAGAGAAGAAACCAGUAGAGCUGAAGGACUGGUCAGAUGAAGAGAGUGAAGUGAGGAGUUUCCUUCAGUGUCUGUCCUACAUCUCACAGCUGAGUUUCCAUCCAUGGAGGUCUGAUCCCUCAAAGCUGAUCAAGUUCCUGGUGGAUCUCCUGUCUCAAGCAGCAGAGUGGGAGGAGCAGACAGGAGAGAAGACACUGAAGCUGGUAUCAUCAGUGUGGACUUACAGCACCUUUCCCUUCUGUGAUGAUGAUGAUGAUGACAGUAAGGAAUAUCAAUGUGAAUUCCUGCUGGAUCUGUACUCACAUGUGAAGGACUAUGAGACUCAAACAGGCAGGAGUUUCCUUCCAGCAUUACAGCCAGUUUACCAGUCAGCUCCUGCAGUCUGGUCCAUAGACCUCUCAGAGAGAAAGGCCUCCCUCCUCCUAGAAGUGCUGAAACUCCAACCAGAGAAGAAACCAGUAGAGCUGAAGGGCUGGUCAGAUGAAGAGAGUGAAGUGAGGAGUUUCCUUCAGUGUCUGUCCUACAUCUCACAGCUGAGUUUCUAUACAGACUGGUCUGAUUCCUCAAAGCUGAUCAAGUUCCUGGUGGAUCUCCUGUCUCAAGCAGCAGAGUGGGAGGAGCAGACAGGAGAGAAGACACUGAAGCUGGUAUCAUCAGUGUGGACUUACAGCACCUUUCCCUUCUGUGAAUGGGAUCAUGAUGUUGAGGAAUAUCAAUGUGAUUUCCUGCUGGAUCUGUACUCACAUGUGAAGGACUAUGAGACUCAAACAGGCAGGAGUGUCCUUCCAGCAUUACAGCCAGUUUACCAGUCAGCUCCUGCAGUCUGGUCCAUAGACCUCUCAGAGAGAAAGGCCUCCCUCCUCCUAGAAGUGCUGAAACUCCAACCAGAGAAGAAACCAGUAGAGCUGAAGGGCUGGUCAGAUGAAGAGAGUGAAAUGAGGAGUUUCCUUCAGUGUCUGCCCUACAUCUCACAGCUGAGCUGUGGUGAUGACAGGUUCUUCCAGACUGUGUGUGAAUCCAUCCCUGUGAGGUCCAGAGAGGAGGACCAGCAGUUGGCCUCUCUCCUCCAGGCCUUGGGCUCCACCCUGUCACUGGGAGGAGUGUUACCCAGGAAAACCUGCAGGUCUGUGGGGAGAGUCCUGGGUCUCUGUGCCUCCAGAGUGGACCUCACUCUCACCCCCAGCAAGAUCUCUCUCCAAGGAGCCGCACUUCUUUUGAGACAUAAGUCAAAGCUCCACAAGCUCAGGCUGAAUGUGGGCGUGGCAGUGAAACUGUCCAGACUGGUUAGGAGGACAGGGAGAGGUGCUACUCCACUGACUGUCCCAGAACUCUCCCUGGUCCUAAAGAGCAGCCAGCCACCAGAGAGAGUGUUAUCCAGGGCUCUGAGUAGUGUGGCGUCCCUGCUGAGAAUCUGGAGGGUUCAGUGUCUGGACCUGACUGACUUCUGCAUCCAGGGUCACUCUCUCAUCACACUGCUGUGUCACCAGGGACCUCUCUCUCUCAGACUAAACUCAGACACUCUGCAGCAGCUGACUGUAGUUGUGUAUGAAGCUCAGGACAAGGACUUGACUCAGUGGUUCCUGGAGAAGGUUGGUGGAGACCUGACCUCCUGCAGGCUGGACUGGGAAGUGCUUCUCUCUCUGCUGCAGCAUUCAACCCACAACAUCACUGUGGACCUCAGGAAGAACCGGCUCCUAGAGAAGAACAGCUCACAUCUUCUCCCCUUUCUGGGAAGGGUUACUCUCAAGAGGUCCAGUUCCAGCUUUGUAAAGUCCUCCAUCAGACAGAUCUAUGACAGUAGAGCCAGUGACUGUGUGUCCAGUUUGUUGAGGUCUUCAGACCAUUGGAUCAACCUGAACAGCAGAGAGCUGGACAGAGUGGACUGUACCGCUCUGUGUUUUACCCUGCAGCACAGCCACCAAGUCAAAGUCAACCUGCUGUGGACCUCCAUACCACCGGGGGAGAUAGAGAGCAUCCUGCCUCUUCUGGACAGAGUCUCCCAACUCAGUGUUGACAGGAGGUUACUGCUGAGUUUCCUCCAGUGCUGUGCUGCCUCUCAGAUCCAGCAGGGGGCACCAUCAUCACCACCAACAGCAGUAUGGCUGCUCAGGUCUCUGCACCACAGACUGGACUUCUCCUGCUCCUCCUCUGUGGACCUGUCAGCUCAGGACCAGGGGGAGGCUCUGUGUCUGACCACUGACCAUUGCAAGGCCAUCAACUCUGUUCUGAAGCAGAACCAACUCGGCACCCAGCUGGUUCAGAACCAGGUCCAGAUCAUCCUAAGAGACUGUGAGGUGGAGGACAGAGCACUGAGGGAGCUGCUUCCCAUCCUGCAUAUUGUCAAGCUGAGUCCCAGCAAAGCUCUGCUACUUCAGCUGCUGGACCUUGUAUGUGAGGGGAUUGAAGAGGGGCUGCUAAGGCAUGCAGAGUCCCUAUGCAGAGCCCUGGAUGGGGAGCUGGACCUCAGUGAGACCAGGCUGGACCAGAAGGCCUGUGGAUCUCUGGCCCUGGUUCUGGAACACUCAGAGGGUCUGUCAGAACUGGACCUCAGCCACUGUCAACUCACAGACCACCAGCUACAGCCCCUGAUCACACACCUGCAUAAAGUACAAGUCCUGGACCUGAGCCACAAUGACAUCACUGAUGCUCUGACUGACAGAAUUCUCCAACUGGUCUCUACCAACACUUCAAUACACACCGUACGACUCUUCAACAACAGAAUCCAGGACAGAAGACCCUUCCUGACAGACAAGAGGUUUGAGAUCUGGUGAAACAACAUCAGGUCUUUGUCCAGGAAGAGAAGGCUGAAUCCAGGACAGAAGAUCCUUCCUGACAGACAAGAGGUUUGAGAUCUGGUGAAACAACAUCAGGUCUUAGUUCAGGAAGAGAAGGCUGAAUCCAGGACAGAAGAUCCUUCCUGACAGACAAGAGGUUUGACAUCUGGUGAA